AGCUUUAUUUCUUGCAGAUUCCCCGCUUUUCUUGCUUUCUCGCUCCUUCUCAAUCCUCGAAGCUUUUCUUCUUCCUCUCAUUUCAAUCUCUCUCCACAUCAAUGGCUUCCAGUUCUGGAGAUGGAUCUUCGCACGAUCCCGCGAGCUCGAGCGAGUUGGAGAAGCCGCCAUUGGAGCCUAUAAGGAUGCCUACAGUCGAGGAGAUUCGCGGCCAAGAUAUUUGGAACAACUGUGCAGUUCGCAGUGUUGUUAGUGGAGUCAUGGGCGGUGGACUUGGAUUGUUCAUGGGUUUAUUUUUGGGGGCAUUGGAUAAUCCAUUAAUGCAAGACGAGAUGACUGCUAGACAGCAAUUUGUUUAUACUGCAAAACAAAUGGGACGGCGUAGUUGGGGUUCUGCAAAAGCGUUUGCAGUUAUGGGCUUUGUUUUCUCAGCAGCAGAAUGUGUUGUAGAAAAGGCUCGAGCCAAACAUGAUAUAACUAAUACAGUAGUCGCUGGUUGUGUAACUGGUGGUUCAAUAUCAGCUAAAGGUGGCCCAAAGGCAGCUUGUGCCGGUUGUGCUGGUUUUGCAGCAUUUUCAGUCGUGAUAGAGAAGUUCUUGGACAGACACACUUGAGCUGCGUCUUGUGCUCACAAUUUUCUGGUAGCAAAAAGAAAAAGAAUCAAUGGUAGAGAAAUAAUAGGUAGCCCGCAUUGUAACCAUUCUUUUCAUCACAUAAAUCCGAACCCCCUUUUCUAUUUGGGAUGUACUUCUACAAUAUUUUCCUCAUUGUUUUAGUAACAUUAUUCACAAUCCCAUUUUGUUGGAACAAAUUUGUACUCAUAGAGACAGGAAAUUGAACCAUUUUUGCAGAGCUUUAAGAUGUGUCAUUCAGGUA